AUGGCGGAAGCAAUCGAGAACAGGGGCGCUGAGCUCAUGGGAGUAAACAUCGCCUUUUACUCCAUAGCUGUGAUUACAUGCCUACUGCGAUGUUAUGUCCGCAGCUUCGUGGUUGAUGCCUUCCGAACAGAUGAUUGGCUGAUGGUUGUAUCAACGAUAUUCUUCACUCUAUAUGCCACCUUCUCAACUGUCGGUGUCACAUUCGGUACAGGCCGCCACCACGAUGAUCUCGAGACUGACCAAGUCACCAACGCUAUGAUGUGUUGGUGGUUCUGUUAUCUCUGGCAACAGGAUGGCACAUGUAUCAACCCGACAGUUGUCAUCGCAUUGGCUGUCAUUUACAGUGUUUUCGCUGUGGGCUCCGACCUUAUCUUCGCGAUCCUCCCAGGUUUCAUCGUUUGGAACCUGCAACUACACAAGAAAACGAAAUAUUCACUCAUCCCCCUUCUUGCAAUGGGUUGUGUUGCGAGCGCUGCCGUUAUCACACGAUUCCCUUACUUGCAUCUCAUCAGAUCGCCUGAUUUUCUCUGGGACACCACAGACAUUGCGAUCUGGUCAACAAUCGAGCAAGGCCUGGCAAUCACUGCCAGCAGCAUGGCAACCCUACGACCUCUGCUCAAACAAUUCGCAUUCCGUCUUGGCUUGACAAGUAAGCCUGUAUCGGUUGGCCCCUCCGGCUACAGGAACAAUUCACGAACCGCUGGCCCUGGAACUCCCAAGGCCUUUUCUGGGCGCGACGCCUACACUCUGUCAUCUGUCAGUCGCAACGCCCCCGAGAAGAGAGGGACAAGCUUUUUCUCUGGCGACGUCGAAACCGGCAUUAAGAAGGAAAUAAAGUGGGAGGUCAAGAUAUCAAGAACAGCGGCGAGUGAAAGCCAGGAAGAGCUUCACUCGCCCAUGAGUGCCAGAACAAGAAACGUCGUUUAA